AUGUCUAACCGAAUUGACGUGAUGACAGUGGGACAAACCAUCUCUAUCGAUCUGACUCAAGCCUGGACCAACGCAACGGUUCAGAACUAUGCAAAAGAAACACAACGCCCUGUCACCGAUGGUCACUGGUCCAAAAAGCCCGCUCUCUUCUACAAUCCCUCCAGUAACGUAAUCGUUCAGUGGGGAGGUUGGCCUUAUAACAAUGGCGAUCAGUCCUACGAGUUUGUCUUUACGCCAAAUGCCAACGGUACCGUGAAUUGGAUACAGUCGACAACGCCAGUGACCAACAGCCAGAAUCAAACAUCGCCUGCCGUCUUCGGAUCAGCAUUUGUGUCUUCCAACUUAGCAUUGUACUCGCUAGGAGGUGUCAUGGCUGAACCGUCUGCGCCGCCCGACCUCGCCGUUCCGGGCCUGCUCGAGUACAACUUCGCAGGCAACAACUGGACAAACACAUCGUCCCUGAAUGCAUCUACCAAUGGCUAUCUGGUCGGCGCUCAGGCAGCCUACACUCCUGGUACUGAUGAAGGCGGGUUCGGCUCUGCGGGAUAUCUGGUCUUCAUUGGAGGUAGCGACCCAGCCACCCAAUAUCUCGACCCUCAGUCUCCCUCGCUCGUCGACAUGUCAAAUAUCACUUUGUAUGACCUCGGCGGACAGACUUGGUACCACCAGACCACGACCGGCACAAUUCCUCCACCGCGCCAAUUCUUCUGCUCCGUAUCAGCGACGUCCAUCCAGGCAACAUUUGAAAUCUUCAUCCUCGGAGGAUCCACGAACGAUACAUAUGACCAGGCACACACGAACGAUACCGAUUACCUCAAUGUAUACACGCUUUCGAUCCCUGCCUUUCGCUGGUUCAAAUCCAGUGCUAGUGACCAAGUCAGACGCGCCGACCACUCGUGUCAGCUAAUCGGCAACAAACAGAUGCUCGUCAUUGGAGGAAUUCAGCCUGGCAAUCCUCUGGGAAUCGCGGCGAUAGAUCCCUGGCCCAACGGGCUGGGAAUCUUUGACAUGUCGAAUUUCACCUGGGCACACGGCUACGAUCCACAUGCACCACCUUACGAGCAGCCAGAGGUGGUGAGGGACUACUAUAGUACCCAGUACCAGUCGCCUAUCUGGGGCGCACCUCAGCUCGAGGCCGAUUUUGCUUGGGCGCCACCAGAUCUUCCUACUGGUACCUACACCGGCUCAUAUUCCUCGGCCACAAGCACCAGCGCAACUUCGAGCAAGGUUACAUCAACCACGACCGCAACUGCCAAUCCUUCUGCGAAGUCGUCUUCCAGUUCGAGCCACACAGGGGCGAUCGUCGGCGGUGUCGUCGGCGCAGUAUGUGCUGUGCUGUUGGUGUUGAUCCUGGUGGUUCUGCUUCGACGGCACAAGUCCGCGAACACGCAGGGUGAGAAGGACCGGAAGGCCCAGCAAGAUACACCCGAUGUCACUAGCGUCGUGCCUCCCAAAUCGGAAAUGGAGGCGCCUCUGCCCUCACCAGGGUUUGGAAUGCUGCCGUCCUACUCGGAUAGGCGCGAGAGCGAUGUUUUGCCCGAGUUGAGCAAUCCUGGGGCACAGGAGCUUGAAGCCAAUAGUGUCCGCUGGAGUCACACGCCUGAGAUGCCAGCCCGGUGA